AUGGGGAAGAAGAAGAAAAGUGUUGUAGGUGAAAGAGCAUGGAACCUCCUGCGUCUAGCAGUGUUAUGGGGAAGAAAAGGAGGGGUUUUCAAGAGACGGCUAAUGAUGGAACUACGAUUGGUGCCCAAGUUCCUCAAGGGUCUUGCACAUCCCUCCACUCGUAAUGAUCACCAAAUUAUCAGCAGCCAUUAUAUGGAACGCCAGUUUUCAUUUAACGGCACACCCAUUUUUCACGUCAAGAUUCACCACCACCGUCUCGCUUCGAGUUCGAUGAGAUUCCUUCUCCCUUGCAUUAGCGCUGAGGAAGUCGAUUUCGAUUACGAUUUCAGCGUCAAUGAUCAUGAUAAUGGAAGAACGAGUUACUCGACGGGAUCCGAAACCGACGUUGAAGAUCUAGGAGAAGCGGAAGAGUGUGGAUACGAAGGGUGUGAUGAGAAAGAAAACGGUCCGUAUGUCUAUUCAUAUGAAAUCGAGGAUGAAGGAAUUGAUUCAAAGGCUGAGAAGUUCAUAGCGAAGUUCCAUGAGCAAAUGAGGCUGCAGAGACAGAUUUCAUAUUUGGAACAUGCUGAAAGAGGCUCAAAAAGUUAG